CACGGGCGCUGAAGGCAGCCGCAGCCCGGCCAGCUCCCGCCCGGCUCUCACUAGAAAAGGGGACCAGGAGCCGGACGAGGGCGGGGAAAAGCUCCCCGAGCAGCUGCCUCCCAUGGGGAUCCUCCGAGGAGCCUUCCUGGAACUGGGCACUGGGCUGUUCUGACGUGGCGAUUCCCUGGAGAGCUCCGGGAGUUUGAAGACAGAAGGGAGAAGCCCGCCGAGAGCAUCAAAGGCUGAGGGGUGCUGUAAAAGGACCAAGGGAGUUCUUUGAAAAGAAUCUCUCAUGCAUCGAAAUGCCUUCUGGAGAAGGUGCCAUUAUCAGCCUCCCCUUUUGCCCAGAUGAAAGGAGCCCGCAAGGACGGUCCUGAAGUAUAUCCCUCAGGGGACUUGUGGUCAUUGUUCCUCUUGCCCCCAGUUCAUGGCUACUUGCUGACCUUUCCAGGGGAACCUCAGUUCCCCCCAAUUCCAGCUGAGAAGCCAGUUCUCAAUUAAAAAAUUUAAAAAGAAAAUUAAACAAUCCUGCUGUCUGAAUGGGAGGUGCAGCUUCCUUGCUGUGGUUCUUUUUGCUGUGACAUUUUGGAAUGUCUGCAGAAACUUUAAAAAGAAACAGCCUCCAGAACUCUCGGGAUUAGUCAAGAGAAAAGGAAACUAUUAUUAUUAUUUGGGGGGGGGCGCAAAAAAGAAGUAAAUGAGAGGGGGUAACAUCCCCCAUCCAGGACCUGGCUGAUCAAAAUCUUCAAGUUCUAGGAAACAACAUGACCUAACAAACAUGAGGCGGAGAGGCUGUGGGGUCCUGAGAUUGCCCAGAGGCAGGUUUUAAAGGAAGCCUGAACCGGGUUCAGAACUUUGGGCCUGUAUGAUGCCUGAAGACCGAAAUACUGGGGAGCGCCCCUCGGGUGCCUUGGCGUCUACUCCUUUCCUUCCUAAAACUACAUACCGAAGAAUCAAACGAUGUUUUAGUUUUCGGAAAGGCAUUUUUGGACAGAAACUGGAAGAUACUGUUCGCUAUGAGAAGAGGUAUGGGAACCGCAUGGCUCCGAUGUUGGUGGAGCAGUGUGUGGACUUCAUCCGACAAAGGGGGCUGAAGGAGGAGGGUCUCUUCCGACUGCCAGGCCAGGCUAAUCUGGUCAAGGAACUGCAGGAUGCUUUUGACUGCGGAGAAAAGCCAUCAUUUGACAGCAACACGGAUGUACACACAGUGGCAUCACUUCUUAAACUGUAUCUCCGAGAGCUCCCAGAACCGGUUAUUCCUUAUGCCAAGUAUGAAGACUUUUUGUCUUGUGCCAAACUGCUCAGCAAAGAAGAGGAAGCUGGUGUUAAAGAAUUAGCAAAGCAGGUGAAGAGUUUGCCAGUGGUCAAUUACAACCUUCUCAAGUAUAUUUGCAGGUUCUUGGAUGAAGUACAGUCCUAUUCAGGAAUUAACAAAAUGAGUGUGCAGAACUUGGCCACUGUCUUUGGCCCUAACAUCCUACGUCCCAAAGUGGAAGAUCCCUUGACCAUUAUGGAGGGCACUGUGGUGGUCCAGCAACUGAUGUCAGUAAUGAUUGGCAAACAUGAUCGCCUCUUCCCCAAAGAUGCAGAGCUGCAAAGCAAGCCCCAGGAUGGAGUGAGCAACAACAACAAUGACCUUCAGAAGAAAGCCCUCAUGGGGCAGCUACAGAACAAGGAGAACAAUAAUACCAAGGACAGUCCCGUAAGGCGGUGCUCUUGGGACAAGCCUGAGUCUCCCCAAAGAAGCAGCAUGGAUAAUGGAUCCCCCACAGCUCUGCCAGGCAGCAAAACCAACAGCCCCAGGAACAGCAUCCACAAGCUGGAUGUCUCUAGAAGCCCCCCUCUCAUGGUCAAAAAGAAUCCCGCCUUCAACAAGGGCAGUGGGAUUGUCACCAACGGGUCCUUCAGCAGCAGUAAUGCUGAAGCACUUGAGAAAGCCCAGACCACUCCCAAUGGGAGCUUACAGGCCAGAAGGACCUCUUCCCUGAAGGGGUCUGGUACCAAAAUGGGCACCCACAGCGUGCAGAACGGAACCGUGCGCAUGGGCAUCUUGAACUCUGACACCCUGGGGAACGCCGGGAAUGGCCGCAGCAUGAGCUGGCUGCCCAAUGGCUACGUGACCCUGAGGGAUAAUAAGCAGAAAGAGCAAGCAGGAGAGUCGGGCCAGCACCACAGGCUCUCCACCUACGAUAACGUCCACCAGCAGUUCUCCGCCAUGAGCCUCGACGACAAGCAGAGCGUCGACAGCGCCACCUGGUCCACUUCCUCCUGUGAGAUCUCCCUGCCCGAGAACUCCACCUCCUGUCGCUCCUCCACCACCACCUGCCCGGAGCCAGACUUUUACGGUGGGAACUUUGAGGACCCCGUGUUGGAUGGGCCCCCGCAGGACGACCUCUCCCACCCCGGGGACUAUGAAAACAAAAGCGACCGGAGGAGUGUGGGCGGCCGCAGCAGUCGGGCCACCAGCAGCAGCGACAACAGUGAGACCUUCGUUAGCAACACCACCAGCAACCACAGCGCCCUGCAUAGCUUAGUGUCCAGCCUCAAACAGGAAAUGACCAAACAGAAGAUAGAGUAUGAGUCCAGGAUAAAGAGCUUAGAACAGCGAAACUUGACUUUGGAAACAGAAAUGAUGAGCCUCCAUGAUGAACUGGAUCAAGAAAGGAAAAAGUUCACAAUGAUAGAAAUCAAAAUGCGAAAUGCCGAACGGGCAAAAGAAGAUGCAGAGAAAAGAAAUGACAUGCUUCAGAAAGAGAUGGAGCAGUUUUUUUCCACGUUUGGGGAGCUGACAGUGGAACCCAGGAGAACCGAGAGAGGAAACACGAUAUGGAUCCAGUGAGGGGACUCUCCCCCGCUGUGUCGAGUGGCCCUGGGAAGGACUCUGGGGAUUCUGGUGGGAAGAUUAUAUGGGACCAGGUGGCUGGUCACCUGGCUGUACAGAGCUCUAGCUGGGGAAGGCAUAUCAUUUAUAGACAUUACCACCCAUGUCUGCAAUGUGUACCAAAGUUGUAUCAUGUCCCAUAAUGCUACUGUUAAGUGUUACAACUGGAUAUGUGUAUAUAGAGUAGUUUUUAAAGAGUAAACUAAAAACAAGAAGCAUAUCUCAAGAAUUAUUUUAUUGCCAGUCUUGUAUUUAAAAUGUUAAAUCAGUAUGUCAUUGCAAUUUAGCUUGCUUUCAAGCUUCACCCCUUGCACUUAACAUAAGCUAUUUUUGGCAUUGUGUUAUCAUCAGCUUAUUUUAUAGAUCAAUAUUUUUAUUUCCCCUUUUGCUGAGGAAAUGAAGAUAAGCAGAUAUAUAAAUAUAUAAAAAUAUAUAUGAGAUGAGUUAUUAAAAUCAAAAGAAUACUU